AUGAUUAUUCCAGAGACAGCAAUCGUGUACCGGCGAUUAAAUGCUCUUGGGCAGAUUUUUGGUGCUCUCUUCACGUUAGCUAAUAGAUACGUUACCUUACAGCGGGAAACACACCGGUUUAGGACAAUUAUUAAUGGAGCAGGCAUGCCCUCAAAGGUUUUUGGCCCCGUCUUGUAUGGGGCCUGCUUUAUAGAUAUUACCAUAAACGGCAUUAUAGGUCGUCUGCUUCUUUCCCCUGACCCCACCUUUACAUUGGGCAACUAUUUCGCUGACUUUCCUUACAUCAUGUUUAGCGUGUUCGCCAUUCUAUUUGUUUGCAUGGACCAGAGCGUCGCAUACCAGAGGAUAAAUGGAACCAUAUACAUUCUCGUGAUCAAUUGCCUCUCCAUCGUAUUGGACGCUGCAUCCAAAAGCCUUCUGUCAGAGCUUUUCUAUCUUCACUUUGGCGGUCGUAUGUUUAUCCCGUUUGUUCUUUGCUUCUGUGGGAGCCUUGCCUGGCGUACUCUUCUCCGCGGCUUUUGUGUUGCAAUUGCACAAACUGAUGCAGAAAAGGCAGAGCUGUUUGAAAGAAACUUUACCUCUGACCCGACAAGGAUCAAGAUCAACUCAACGUUUGCGCGUGGCUUCAUAUUCUCAGCAUUGUACUCCAUCUUUCGACCUAUUUUUGGCAACGUAUUUACUCAAACUAUCUGUGCAGUGAGUGAUUGUUGCAAUAUUGUGCUCCUGGUGGCAUGUUAUAUGCGGGUGGGAACAUAUGAAGUUGAUGACCUCUACACGACAGUCCUUCAGUACAUCUGCGGCAAGCUUCAAAAGUUAGUUCCAUCAAAACACUUACCGACUGCUCUUCCGUUUAGAGUAUAG